GGUAGGAACCUUCGGUAAGGAGAAUCGUUCAACUGACUGAAAUUCAAACGUCAAUUGCAAGCUUCUAGUGUGGGGCCUCCUGCACCACCGCUCACCGCAGAAGACGCGUUCCCAAAAACUUUCCUAACUAGCUGGAUGUGGCAAGGUGGACAGUCGCUGCAACAAUGCAAAAACUAGCUAGGGAGUGCUUGCUGUACGUUCAUCUCGAGUGCCGGUUCCUGCGCCGUGGAUCAUUCCAUGACCAAAUCUCCAUAUCUCCAUCCGAUCAAAGAUUUUGACUGGUGAAAGAAUGCGUGUGAGAAGAAUCCCCCCAAGUGACCGAAGUUCAAGGGCUCUAUAAACAUAAUGUUUACGGGUUCUUCACUGGCUCUAUUCACUUCUCUUUAUCACUGACUGGGAUGACAAAGAAAUAAGAAGAGUUUACUUUGUUCGCACCCUGAAGUCAUCAUGUCUGCGCAACGAACUCUAUCUAUGACAUCAUCUGACAACUCGAUCUAAAGUCACACCAUAAACCACUGAUGCGGCGCAAAGAGGAAACGCAAACUGGUGUCCUCCAGUGAGAAAGAUGACCACCAUGGAUUCUUCACCAGCGAGAUGAUGCUUGCAGGCACUCGAAAGCUCUCUCCAGAAUCUCAUAAACUGCGGCUAGGGCCAACUCAAAGCAGCUAAACAACGAAAAGCAACACAUCAGACCUCCUGAAGUCACCAAUCAAGCUGAAGUCGCCUUUGAGGAUGAAGUCUCCGCUACAGCUGAAUAGUCCACGAAGAGGUUCUUCCAUGAAAGCUCUGGACAAGGAGGUGCCAUUCAGUCUUUUCGAGCAGACUGAUGGUGGAAUCCAAGACGACUCGAGCUUCCCCAGCAACGAAAAAACAAUUACUUGCUCGCGCGAUGAAAAGCAGGAGCACGUACUGGAUGGACUCACCCAAGUCAAGAACGAUGAAAGGGUUGUUAACGUCACGUUUGAUGAUCUCGUCAUGAGCAACCAUCAAUGCUUGUUUCCGCUCGUCAAAGCGCUGGCCGCGACGAGUGGCCGGGCGUGGGAAAGCUUUCGAUUUGUCGAUGUUGUAGACAUGGCUUCCUUCCCCACGUGGCAAGACCUUCGUGAUGAAAUGGUACAUGAUUACGAAGAAACUGCCCAUGACUUGGGUGGAUCAUCGGACUUCAUCAACGUCUUGACUUGGCAAGCCAAUGUCAAGAUUCCACGCGGAACAGCCAUGACAGACAUAGUCGAGUUCCUUCAAUCUGUCAAGGAGGACGAUGAGGUGUACCACGUUGGCUUUGGAGGCGCUCUGGGUGAUAUUCUCGAUAUCUUGAUCCCCGAAGUGCUAUGUAAGCUAAUCAACAGGCAGACGCUGACUCUCAACGAAGAUUUCGUGGUGGAAGUGGCAAGUGGGUGGCUGUGGGAGGAAGCCGACUGGCUUGAACUGGUGUAUGAUUGUGUCCGCAAUCUGAGCGAGCUGUCCACCCCCAGAACCGCAUCGGAACACAAUGGUAAGCACGCGUCCGGAGAGGAAUCUACCGUGUCCAUAAGAAGUUACAGCGGCACCAUGGACGACCCCACCAUCAAGGCUGGCUUCAACAGGAGUAUCAAUUUCAACGAUUCCAAGAGUCUCGCCGGCAACCUCAGCUUCAAGAGCAUUGCAACAAGUUGUGCUGGAUAUGCAAGCUUUUAUGAUGACAGUUUCUUUGGAACCAGCAUUGACAACUUGGGAUUCGAGGAUAGCUUCAAUGGCAGCAAAGCCACACUGUCGCCACAGCUGUCACCGAGGAGGUCACCGAAAAAGCGAUUGCACAAACUGUCCCCCAGAACGUCCAGAGCAGCGCUUGCCGGCAUCUAUGAUAUCAGCCAACAUGAUUUCGAUUCUACCUGCAGUGUCAACGACAGCACGACUGCCCAGGCAUCAGAAGCACCAAAAAUGCCAAAGGCAGCAUAAGCAAGGCCGGGCUGCAGCACCAAAACACAACACAAGUUGAUUGCUGUGUGCCCCGACUUGUGCUGGAGCAGCUGCCAAGGUUCGGCAUUGCAGCGCAUCUCUUGCGCAGAAUCAAGAUAGUUCGACAUCCAAUGGUGUUGGCCGAGAACUUCAUUUGGUUCAACGUUGCCAUCUCAGUCCUGCCGACGAGCACGGUAUCAGCACCCUUGCAUCCGACCACAUAGAGAAGCCAUUGAGUAUACACAUAAUGGACUUGUAGCAAACACUGAACACCAUCUGUUGAGGAGUUAGUAGUCUUGUUCAAUCCAGUCCUGACAAAGCGCUGUGGA